ACUCUUACUGGAAAAACGGUAACUUUAGAGGUAGGAUCUUCGGAUACUAUCGCUGAAGUCAAGCAACAAAUUGAAAGCAAAGAAGGCAUUCCACAAAGUCAACAACGCCUGAUUUUUGCCGGUAGACAACUUGAAGAGCACUAUACAUUAUCCGAUUAUAACAUUGGAAAAGAAUCGACACUUCAUCUUGUAUUGAGGCACAUAAAUAAUUCAGUUGUAUUGAAGGUCGUAAACGAUUCACGCGAUGAUCCAAUGAAAGUUUUUCUAGAGGGUAGUUUUAUAUGGGGCUUAAUGAGAGAUGAAGUAGCCUUUACUCUCCGAUGCCACGGACUCACAAGAGAUCCCUUAACUCAAGAUUUUGCAUUCGUCUUACAACUCGCACCUGAAGGAAGUUUAAGAGAUUAUCUGAAAAAUACAUCUUGGGACAACACAUCGUGGAAUACUCAUGAAAUCUGUAAUAUUGUACAUUCCUGGCUGGAAAUCAGUAAUAAUAAUAGAAACUCAGAUAUUGAUAGCUUUAAAAUUGCUGAUGAAUAUAAUAAAAAGAAUCCAAGGCCAAAAACUCGACAACACUCUGGUGCAAAUUAUUCAAACAGUUUGAUCACAAGCAUAAGCGAAGAAACCUUAGCUAAUGAUGAGUUAUUGCUCAAAAUAACACCAGCUGAUUUUAAAUAA